AAAAAAUUAGGACAACCAUAACGCAAUAUCGAUUCAGAGAGGCGUCUUUAGUGCGAUAAGCCCAUGGCGUACAAACCCUUCAAGGGUCAAGGCGGUUCUAGAAUGCAGAACCCGCAUGAUCAAGCGGCAAUUAUAGCUGCGCCGGAUCCGGAGUAUCGCUUCACCUCACAGGACGGGGAGGAAUCUGAGGUAGAUUCAGCGCUGGGAGACGAUGCGUUUUCCGAUAGUUCGAGUCACAACUCCGUCACACCUAGUAUCUUAGAAUACAGAACGAUACAAGGUCGGACGUUCCAUAGUGAGCGGCAUAGCUCAUUCUAUCUGUUUCCGAAUGACGAGCAGCAGCUUCGUUCUGUGGAUAUCACUCACCAUUACCUACGGAUGUUGAUAGGCGACAAACUCUUCCUGGCGCCGAUAUCAGAUAAUGUUCAGAGGGUAUUGGAUGUUGGAACUGGAUCAGGAAUAUGGGCUAUUGUCUUCGCAGAAGAGUACCCGCAGGCGGAAGUAACCGGAACAGACCUAUCGCCCAUGCAACCAUUAUGGGUACCGGCGAAUGUCAAAUUCGAGAUGGACGAUUGCACGCAACCGUGGAUUUGGCCUGAGCACCACUUCGACUUUGUACAUAUACGAUUCCUAUUCGGAGCCAUCGCCGAUUGGGAUGAACUGUUACAGCAAGCAUAUCGUGUAACUAAGCCUGGCGGCUGGGUGCAGAGUUGCGAAGCUGAUGUAGAGAUCCGUAGCGAUGAUGGUACCGUCACUCCCGAUAGUUCUUACGAGCAGUUUUGGAAUUCGUUAUAUCGCAACGCCGGACAGCGGCUCGGUGUCUCAUUUCAGCCGAUUCAGGAUGAUGUCCAAAAGAAGGCCAUCGAGGGUGCUGGCUUUGUAAAUGUUCACAUAAGGGAUUUUAAGUUUCCCAUUGGCGGUUGGCCGGCAGAUGAAAAUCUCGCCGAGAUUGGAAAAUAUGCACAGCUGACCUUACUAAACGAUGCUGAAGGAUAUACUAUCUUCCUAUGGAACACUGUUAUGGGCGAAAACGCCCCAGGCUAUCAAGAGGCCUUGUUCAGAAUGAGGCAAGACUUGAGGAAUAAGCGGAUACACGGCUAUAUGAGAUGUCGCUAUGUAUACGCACAGAAACCGGAAACCCCGAGCGCGAGUACGAGCACCUGGAGUUGAAUGAGCAGCUAGUCUGCUCACCUACCUAAUCUGCCUACCACUACCUACCUACCUACCUACCUAUAUAUAUGUGCGAAUUGUAUGAAUGCAUACGUUGGAAGAGAAAGGGAUAUACCAGACAUGAAUGAUAAUGAACUUGGGCUGUAUAUAGGCGGGGAGGGGAGGGGAGAAAUGAUAGUCAGGGAAGUAUAUGACAUUUUUGCUCAUUUCCCUGUAGAAUUUUAUCAUACCUUGGGUGGUUGAGUUCUUUACCUGUCACCCAAGACAAAAGACAGAAGAGAGGAACGCGGGAAAGGGAAGGCAACUAUCAUUAUGAUGGUCAUGACUCAUUACAUAUCAUUGAUCAUGAGUUUUAUGAAUUAUACUAUAGGGACAUUACAUAUUACAUUACACAUUGGGGGGGAGGCAACUUCGGUGGUUCAAUUGCGACGUUUGGAUGGUUGAUGAAGAAAAUGAGAUAUCAUUGCCAGCCUUAAGAUCAUUUUACUGUUAUUAUUGUUAUUGUCUUUAUGAUACCUAUAAGUGUGUAUACAUCCGAAUAAAUGCCAUUGUCG